ACAGAGAAGAGAAGCGGCAAUGAAUUGACCCGACUACGCUAGCAUUUAUACCUUAACUGAACUUAUGUACAGUGUGACGUUAGUGAUUAAAACUCCACAGAUUCGUGAGUACGUUUACGCGUCAAGAUAUAACGUCAAUUAGUUUGUCACACAUGUACCUUAAUCAUGUAGGUAGCUAGCUGAACAACUUAAAGCAUGCGCAACUCAUGUAAAACCGAGAUUGGUAACCGUAGCCAGAAGCAGUAACAUGUUUGCGGCAUGGAAAGCCUUAGGUGUGAUUGACACUUUGUAGCUCACGUAGGUUACCAGGUACCGCUGAAAUUGUACUAACUUACCUAGCUGGGUAUAUGAUGUUUGUCUAGUGGGGUAACUAAAACUAACGUUAUACUAUUACACAAUAUUAACUACACUAGGGUCUUUUAACGUUGGAAUAAAGUCUCGUGGGGUAAUGGUUCUCAGCCUUUUUGCUCCCAAGACCCCCCCCAUGUCCACGGAAAUAUUGGCGCAUAAAAGUGGAGCGAUUCUUUCGUUCAUUCAGAAUACUACCGGAUUAGUUUUUUUUGGCAUCAGGCCUUCCUAUUUUACCGAAAUUCACAGACCACAGGUGUGAGUAGGUGGUUUACCUGGGAACGAACAUGCGCCUGUCACAGUGGAUUUACAGAUGCGCCCGCUACACUGGAGAUGCUAUCCUGAGGUCGGGUGUAGUUGGACGUCCACAGCGGCGGUUCUACCGCUGUUCCGUGAUGCUGUUGAGCUCGGACGAUGACGGCUCUGAGCUAGCGGAGGGUCGGGGGCGCAGCGUCCCGGGCCCCGGCAGCGCCCGCGUCGCGCCUCCCGGAAAGCCGCUCGGGGCAGGCGGCGGGAAGGCCGCUAAGCGGCGUCCCGCGAAGCCGGAAAACCAGGCGAAGCAGGCCGGCUCAGAGCCGGGGCUCAGGCCCAAAAGCAGGCUCUCGCUCGACCUCCAGAGGCUGAGCCAGGACGACCUCGCGGAGGCGGAGCCUGAGGCCGACGGAGGACAGGCCGGGGUCCGCCGGAGGACGGAGGUGCUCUUCGGCGCGGCGCCCUGCCUGCUCGCUCUCGCCCGGGGCCGCCGGGUGAUGCACCGGCUGUUUGUGAAAGGAAACGGCGCCCCCCAGAGGCCGGCCCUGCAGCAGGCCAGCGAGGAGGCCCGCAGGCGGAUGGUGCCGAUCCAGCCGGCCAGCAGGAAGGAGCUGGACGGGCUGUGCUCAGGACGGGUCCACCAGGGCCUGUGCCUGGAGGCCUCUCCCCUGGAAUACCUCACAGACGAGGGGGACGCAGGGGCAGCUGGGGACCACAGUGAGCCACCUCUCUGGCUGGUCCUGGAAGGGGUCCAGGACCCCAUGAAUCUGGGUGCUAUUCUGCGCUCUGCAUACUUCCUAGGGGUGGACAGGAUUGUUAGCAGCAUCCGCAACAGCUGUCCUUUGACACCAGUCGUGAGCAAAGCCAGUUCAGGUGUGAUGGAGAUUGUGGAAGUGUAUGGCUACGAGAACCUGGCUGACAUGCUGAAGUCGAAGGUGGGCCAAGGCUGGCAGGUUAUCGGCACGGUGGGGGCUGCGGAGGUGGGCGUGGACGUGCCUGUCCAUCACUGCUCUGAUUUCGUGCUGACCACGCCCACGCUGUUGCUGAUAGGUGGGGAGGGUCCCGGCCUGUCCCCUGACCUUCAGCGGCUUUGCCACGCCCUGCUCACCAUCCCGCCCUGCCGCGAGCUGCACCCUGCCGUCGAGUCCCUCAACGUCUCCGUAGCGACAGGUACUGUGGCCCCUCUCGGACGAACACGGAGCCCUCCGGCUACCACUGCACUCUUAAUUCCCCAGCCAUGCACUCUCAUACGUCUGGCACAGUGAGCUGCAUAUUAACCUGUCAGUCAUACACUGAGUAUACAGUUAUAAAAUGUUUAAAAGUAUAUUAUUGCUAAUUGACUUUUUUUUAUUAGAGGAGAGCAGAUAAUCUGUCCUCCGUAGGCAUUUAUUCCAUAUUAUUCAGACGAGGGAAAGCAAAGACGGGUUCAGACUGAGGUAGGAUCAUGGUGCAGAAAGUGCCUGAUCCAGGAUUUGUAUUUGCAUAUGGGUUGAGAUUUGGCUGUCCUGUAGACUCCAGCACACGGUAUCCUACUGUGACUUGUUUUAACUAUGAAUGAAGGUGGUAAGUGGGUUAUAAGAUACUUCUCCUUUGGUUGUUCUUAAAACACUUCAGUCAUGAAGCGACAGAGCUUCAAGUGUAAAUAUCAACCUGGCUUUAAUUAAGCCUAUAAACUAUUCUGAAUGAACUGGAAGUCUGUUCUUAAAAAUUCAACAUUUUUUUUAACCAUUCAAAUUUUUAUUGGCCGUCUACUGCCUGCUCUAACAUAAAAAAAGCUCAUAAAAUUAUUAGAAGCUAUUUUAUAAUUUAUUUCCUAGAACUACACUUUCCUACUAGAAAUGCACAUAUAAAAAAUGGCUGCUUGUUAACUGGCUUGCUCUACCACAACUUGAUCGAUA